AAUUAGGGAAGUUAUAGCUCAUGUUAUCAUCUCUGUGCGGCGACACCAGGGUUGCCCCAAAGGGAAAAGUUUCACAUUAUGUAUUCUCUGGAUAAUGACGGGACAAACUGAAUUUUUAAAGUCUCACAUAAACAAAAAAGGUUAGGUGCUAUUUCCAUUUGUCACCACUUAUGUCGAAACCAAUGAUUUUAUUCAGUUAUCUUUUUUUCCUUUUUCCUUUUUUAUUAUUUUCAUGUCCUUGUACAAAGCAAACCUUUUUUAAAAAAAUAUUAGUCGAUUCUUUGUUUUCUUGCGUUCCUCUAUCCUCUGAAAAUGUCACAAUCUGAUAGAUGUAAUAUUUAUUUUUCGUGUCAUGGCUAUAGUGACGUCGGUAUGCACUUCAGUCAUGCAACUUCACUUUGUCCAAACAAAUAAUAUUUGCAAAACUCUCCGUAUUAUUACCCUGAUCAAAUAUCCUACUUUAAAAAUGAUGUUUUGUAGAAUACUAAUCCAUUUGCAAGUGCGGCCACGAUUAAGUCGGUAAUGUUUAUAUUUAAUUUGACGACUUAAAAGGCCUCAGAACUAAAUGCCUAAAAAAAUGAACCAAUCAAAAAGUCGCUUAAUAAUAGCUUUUGAACCUUUCAGUGCAGAAGCAGCGUGUUUAAAGAAUCGCAUGGCUAACAUGGAACCGGCUAUUAUUCACCAACAAAAACAGAUCUCAAAGAAAAAAUACAGACAUCGUCCAUGCAAUCUCAUCACGUUCUUAAACAUACUUAUUUCGUUGUGUUUAUUCGCGCUGUACUGCGAACAACGUAUCCAGAUUUAUCACUUGAAAACAGCACUAGCUCAAGUGCAAGAAGAAGCCAAAAAGAACGAAGACUUGCUUACUCAAUAUCGAAGAUUAAACGAUGUUCCAUCUCCACGAAUGGCCAGAUCUGUUCACCAUGGCAACCAUACGCAUUUCUGUCAGAAAGUAAAGACCUGUCCACAACAAAUUGAAAUGAUCCAACUCGCGUCGCCGGAUGUACUGCUACGUAAUAUCGGAGAAAUAACUGUGAUCGAGGUGGUGAAAAACUGGAAAGAGGAACAUCGUUCUGGACAAAUAACAUACAAUGCUGGAAAAAUAGAAAUUAAAGCAUCCGGUUAUUAUCACAUUUUUGCCCAGAUGAAACGAUCCAAUACAGGUUCCGUUUCAAAGUAUUAUAUAAUGAAAAACAACGACGAAUAUCUGAUAGCUGCAACAUCAAACUGUGACGAAUGUACGCAAGGGAUUUCCAGAAUAGUGUUUCUUCACGCUAACGACAAAUUGUACAUGAAGACGUCAAGAAACACGAAAUGGUGGUCAGCUAAACGUAUCAUGUACUUUGGAGCUUACCGUAUUGGAACGCUUUAAAAGAUCCUGUUUUUUGGACUUCUCCGGAUACUUCUGUAAAGUUAAAUAAGGAUAAUUUACACCAACUGCUGCACGUGUGAAUGGCGAUGACAAUUUAAAGAAUUACAAUAUUUGUAAAUAAAAAAAUUUAAGCCAUAUCAACCUCGUUCUCAGAGCCUUUUGUCUACGCGCAUUCUCGUCAUCAGAUAUGGGAAAAGAGACAACAGGGCUGGGAUCGAGGUUGGUGUUGCAUAUAAUAAAAAUGCACGUAGUAGAGAGAAGUAUUUGGCUUUUGGAAAUUUCGUCCGUUUUUUAAUUUAUUAAAAAUGAGAUAACGACUACUGUUGCAAAUUUUAAAGCAAAGGAUGUUGGGUACGCGACAUAAUUUCUUUCCAUUUACAACAAAUGAGUUUACUAUUUUUCCUGUGGAAAUUUUUUAGUGUUGAAAUGUUUCGAAACAAAUGAGUUUACUAUUUUUCCUGUGGGAAUUUUUUACAUUCAACAACGAUUUUGCGUUGGUUUGGUGACGUGUAUAUAAAUAGAUGGUUCCUAAGGUUCAAAACAACUGUUUAGAAAGACCUGCGAACUUAUUUUUUGUUUUGUUUUAAAAUAACAUUUUUAUCUGUUAACAAAUGUUAUUGAUCGUUUUUAGUACUCGAUAAUACAACGACCACUUUUUCCAAGACGAAGUUCAAAGCUGUUAGAAUCGAACUUGAGAAAAUACAAGUGACAGCCUGUCCACCUUAGCAGGCAACCCGGUUUUCUAUCGAUGCCAAAGCCGCUAGCUCUUACUUGACGGCGCUGUCGCACUCAAUAUACAAAAAGGGGGAAUGCCUUGGUCGCUUUUGCGCGAUUUGAUCAAAUUUCGUUUUGAGCGGAAAUAUAAUUUGCCGGCUGACAUUGUCAGAAAGAGCCCUGGUGUUAUUUAGUCAUAUUGCGCAAAAAAGUACUAGUUCAGGCAGCGAAAUUUUGUUACAAUUUCUUUUAUUUUAUUCUCAUGUUUUUACGAGCUUCUCGUUUGGAAUGCUUAUAACAUUUUGACAAUUUUUUCCGAAGUAACAGGAAAUUUGGCUUCAGAUCGAGGUGUUCUUUUUUUACACAUGUUCAGCAUGAUUCAGUUUUGUUCAAAACAGUUACGCCAUUAUUUUUUUUCAGCAAUCCAACACUGUUGUAGUAAAACAAUGUGUAUUGUGCUAGCGGUAUUAACUCAUUAAGUUUUUAGCUGUAUAAUGGAUAAAUGACGAUACUUGUACUUUUGUUGAAGGGUAAAAAAACAACAACAAACAUC